AUGACAGCGGAACCGGAAAUUGGAUUAGCAACACGGGCGUUAGAGGCGAGCGUGAUUUCGAUGCCGUUAGGGAGAGUAUUGGCAGUAGAUGCAUACUGCUUGGUUUGCAAUGUUUAUACAAUCACAUGGAACGAAAUCUUUGCGUUGCAAACAAGACUUCCUUUUCCUCAUGAAGGUCUUUACCAGCGUGAUAUCCAAAUGAUAAGGAGCUCGGUGACUCGCUUUCGAAUUCAGCUUCCGUACCAAUUACACAUGAGGGGCAUUAGUCUACCACCGAAGCCGACUGAGCCGGGGCCUGAGGAAUGUUGCCAGAGUGGCUGUAACACUUGCGUCUGGGAGCUGUACGCGGAGGAGCUUGCAAAUUGGAAAGCUCGGGUUGCAGAGAUGACGUACAGCAACGGCUGGUUAUCAAAGGUCGCCGCCAUACAUCCGGCUUUCGGCUCCUUGGUCAUCUCGCCCCGUCUCGUCUUGUCUCGCUGGCCAUCAUGCUGGCCAUCAUUUGUUGCGUGUGGGCUCUUCCCUCUCUCCAACUGCACCCAGGACAGCAAGCGAGAACAUAAUCGAGGCUGCCAACGCGCACCUCCAAGCAACGGCGCUCUCCCCUUAACGGCCCUCUCCUCCACCCCCCCCCUUACACACACGUACACGUACAUACACGCCGCCUUCUACCGGCGUUAG